AUGGACGCUCCCUCCAGCUCAACUUCCAACUCCUCGGCUCAGCAGUCUCCUUCUGUACAGAUGGUCCCCCAACCUGCUCCCGCUCAGGGCAAUAACGGUCCUUCAACCGACGCCUUUCUCCAAGACUUCACGCUCAUUGCCGAGGCUGCCAAGCGGGCGCAAAUGGCCAUCAUGAUACGCGACUUUGAAGAGUGUGGCCUGUAUACUGUACAGAUACAAAAGGCCAUCUGGAAGGCUGAUAAUGUCUUCAUGAGGCUCGAGCGUUGGAUGCCCUUGACAUGA